AUGUCAGACUACGACGAUGAUGUCGAUAUGGAUUCCACGGCGCAGACCGCUAUGAAAUUUAGCUCGGAUAACACCAACACCAAAGGAAAGAAGAUUGUUGCUGAUUUACCUAUUGGAGCCGAGGACAACUUACCAUGGGUCGAAAAAUACCGACCAAGCUCGCUGGACGAGGUUCAAGGACACCAGGAUAUACUAGCCACCAUCAACAGAUUCAUCGACUCACAUCGACUACCCCAUCUCCUCCUCUACGGCCCACCCGGCACAGGAAAAACAACCACAAUCCUAGCCCUCGCCCGACGAAUCUACGGCAGCAAAAACAUGCGUCAAAUGGUUUUGGAGCUCAACGCAUCAGACGACAGAGGUAUCGAUGUGGUCCGCGAACAAAUUAAGACAUUCGCAAGCACGAAGCAAAUCUUCUCUGUAGCUGCACCCGCAAAGGAAAAUUCCUUAGGAGCAUUUAAAUUGAUUAUUCUUGACGAAGCCGAUGCGAUGACUGCUACUGCGCAGAUGGCGCUUCGACGGAUCAUGGAGAAAUAUACCGCCAAUGCGAGAUUCUGUAUUAUUGCAAACUACACACACAAGCUUUCGCCAGCUUUACUGUCAAGAUGUACAAGAUUCCGGUUCAGUCCGUUGAAAGAAGUGGAUAUUCGGUCCUUGGUGGACAAAGUCAUUGAAGCCGAGAAUGUGCGAAUACAACCCCAAGCAAUCGAAAGUCUCGUGAGAUUAAGCAAAGGCGAUAUGCGACGGGCCUUGAACGUCCUCCAAGCAUGUCACGCGAGCAGCAUCCCCCUCCCCAUGCGCAACGCACCAAAAGAACAACCACCGCCCGAACACGAACUCAUCACCGACGACACAAUCUAUAACUGCAUCGCUGCCCCUCAUCCCUCCGACAUUCGCGAAAUCAUGACCACCCUCCUAUCCACCAGCGACGUAACAUCAUGCCUCAACACAAUCAAUACCCUCAAAAUGAGCAAAGGUCUCGCUCUAGCGGAUAUCCUGAGCGCGCUAGGUGAGCAGCUACAAACGCUAGAAGUCCCCGCUCAGACUCGAAUUAGUUGGUUGGAGGGGUUAGCGGAGGUGGAGUGGCGGUUGUCUGGUGGAGGGAGCGAGAUGGUGCAGACGGGAGGUUUGGUAGGGGUUAUCAGGAAUGGGUGUGAGUUGAUGGGUGAUAAGGGUGUAGCGAUGGAAUUAUAA